UCACCUUCCUCCAAACUCCUCACACCUGGAGUCCCCCCCUCUCCCUUUCUCGCUACUCGCCCUUCAGCACAACGCUUCUUUUGACCUCUUCAUCGCCCCUCCUAUUUUUCCCCCCCUCUCCCCUGGAACUAGGUGUAAGUAUAUAUAUAUAUAUUUAUACCUGGUGAAGUUUGAUCUCGGGAGCGCACACACAGUCCGCCUGCCAACCUCGCGGGCGACGACCACUUCGUGAGUGAGCGCCUUCCAACCGUCGCGCUUCGUUUAAAAUCGAAGACCCCAACGGUCGCUGGGCGAGGCGCGCGGCGGCGGCGGAUCCGCUCCAAGGGCGAAAGCGACAGUCCAAAAGGAAGGAGGGAGGGCGGGAGAACUAAAAUAAAAUUAACCUGAAGAAGAAGAAAUCUAGCCGGAUUUUCCGCCAAGAUGUCACAAGAUAAGCCCACGGAAGACGCUGGAGGAUGGAAGAAAUUCCUGUGGGACUCGGAGAAGAAACAGUUUUUGGGCAGGACCGGCUCCAGUUGGUUCAAGAUACUUUUAUUCUACUUGAUCUUUUACGGGUGCCUCGCUGGAAUCUUCAUCGGAACCAUUCAAGUACUGCUACUCACCAUCAGUGAUUUCGAACCAAAAUAUCAAGACAGAGUUGCACCUCCAGGUCUAUCGCAUACUCCACAAGCUGUAAAAACAGAGAUAUCCUUUAGUGUUUCAAACCCAAAUUCGUUUGAAAAAUAUGUGGCUGGUCUGAACAAGCUCUUGGAGAUGUACAAUGACACAUUGCAAGAUGGCGUCUCUCCUUUUGAGGAAUGUGGCAAUGCUCCGGCUAACUACAAAACUAGAGGGGCAUUAGAUGAUACGCAAGGACAGAAGAGAGUUUGCAAAUUUCUCCGUAGUUGGCUUAAAAAUUGCUCUGGAACAGACGAUCCUACUUAUGGCUAUGCAGAAGGAAAACCAUGCUUGAUUGCAAAGCUCAACAGGAUCGUUGGUUAUUAUCCUAAGCCUCCAAAAAAUGACACCAAUCUUCGUGAAGCAAUGCAAGCAAAUUAUAAUCAAUAUAUUCUUCCUAUUUUUUGCGAAGCAAAGAAAGAUGAAGACAUACACAGAAUUGGAAAUGUGGAAUUCUUUGGCUUUGGAGGAGUUGGUGGCUUUCCUUUACAAUACUAUCCAUACUAUGGCAAGCGUCUGCAGAAAAGCUACCUUCAACCCUUGAUUGGUAUUCAGUUCACCAACCUCACUUAUAACAUGGAGUUACGCAUCGAGUGUAAAGUGUAUGGUGAAAAUAUUGAAUAUAGUGAAAAAGAUCGCUCACUGGGGCGCUUUGAAGUAAAAAUUGAGGUUAAAAGCUGAUAACAGUCAGAAUUUGCCCCAUAUUAAAAAUUAGUCUUGAACAAACUCAUACAUAUGGGACCUACACUUAAUCUGUUGUACGCUUUACACUAGCUUUCUGCAUCUAGAUAUGUAAAAUAAAAGCAAUAGUAGUACAUAUUUAUUCUACUGUAAAUGAUACUACUUGAGCCAUGGGUUUGCCCAUUACUGUAAAUUAUAAUUCCACUAAUGUGUAGCAGUGUUUGUCCUUUGGGUAUUGCUGCAUUGUGCCUCGUGUGGGUUUGAGUGUACAGUACUGUAGUGCAUUCACUGGUCUUUCAAGCCAUGUUGCAGUUUUUAAGCAAAUUUCGCUUUCCAAGUUGUAAAUACUCUGAAAAUUGCAAUGGCACUUCAUUUUUCUGUUAUGCCCAUGUGUAUGAACAUACUGCACUCUUUUUAUUUGUUCAGGAGGGUGGGCGGGUAGGAGAAUGUGCUUUUUCUUUUGGCAACAUUAGUGCAGGGUGACUGGUUUUAAUAUAACUUAGGUUGAAACAGCUAAGUCGAGAUCUGGGUCCGAUUGUCGAGCUAAUUUGAUUAGUUAAAGGUUGUUUGCUGGAGCCACCACGUCAUGUCUUUGAAUGCUUUAACCUGUAUGGUGAAAGAUUUUAUAUUUAUGCAGUUGUACAAUUUUUCUGCAAAGUGUAAUGUAUAAAAGAUACCAAAGUCACUGGUAAAAUCAUCUUUAUUUGAAGUAAACCAAUGCAGUAGGAUGUUCAUGUUAAAAUGCAACGUAACAUCUGUAAACUUGUUUGGAGAACAGUGCUCCUCACUUGAUUGAAAGCAUCAGAAAAAUAAAACUUAUGAACCCA